ACAUUAUAAAACGUUGGAACACGAUAGAAAGUAGGAAUGCAUUACCGCCAUGGAUAAAAAAAAAAAAAAAAAUCAUGAAAAACAGAAAACCAAAGCAAAGAAAAAACAAAAAAAAGAAUGUUGAAAUAGGCAAAUCGAAGAAUAAGUUUUCAUCGUCGUAUAACUUCACUCAUAUGCUUUCCAAUCCGAAAUAUGUGUGCAUUAAAGGAGCACUUAAAGUGUACAAUUGACGAAGAAGCCGGAUCGAGAUGAAAAUUUUAUUUCGCCGAACAGGUUUUUUCUAUAUUGGAAGGUCCGCGAUUACUUGGCAGUUUUGCACGAUAUUCGCGCUGCCAUCCUGGGCGCAGGGGUGAAUGAAAUUUAAAAUCGCAAGGCGUUGCUGCUUAAUUUAUUCCAUUUCAUAGACCAUCUGGUUCUCUCUAGUCGAAAAGUUGUCGUAAUUCACGACUUUAAUGCCAUUUUAACAUAUUUCAUUUGAAACACGUAUACGCUCACGCUUUGGGAGAAUCAAAUGAAACAGCACAAUUAAUGUCACAUACGACUUUUUAAUUACUGCUUCUAAUUCCCUUAAGAUAUAUUUUAGAGCUACUUUAAUUGUUCUUUAUUUAAACUCUUCUAAUUGCAAGUCCUACUUGCAAAUAUUUUCUAAGAAUCUCUUAAGAUUUAGUCUGGUUCUUAUUCUAUUCUUCUUUGUUGGCGUACUAUGCAGUUUUAAUGAAGAUAUGUCUAGGUAUAAAUAAGACACGAUUUCUAGAUGAAAAACGUUUAACGCAUAGCUAUCUACCUAUUAAAAUUUAUUCUUUGCAAUGGGCCGGAUCGAUCAUGAGCUUUUUACACGAGUAAAGUAACGUAACCCAAACACGGAACAGAAAUUCCCACAAACUUUAAAACCAAUUAUUUUUUAUCGUGCGUUAUCUUGGAACAGCAACGUAAAAAUAUUCGGUAUUAUUUAAAUUCCGGUCCUCUUAAAAAUAAGGCUGAACCAAUAACGAUUUCUUUGUCAUAUGUUUUAUGAUAAAGCUUUCGAGAACGUUUAAUAUAUUAUCCCAAAUUUAUCGUUCUCUCGUAAAUCAUUCUUUUGAAAUUUUCUCGAAGAAUUAAUAUUUCGUCGAAUAGCAUUCGAAAAUGAAAGAGAAAUAUUAUGCGAUUUCUCCAUUCGUUCCUGCCGUUCGUCGUCAUCCUGAAGAGUUCGAAGGCAAGGACCUCGUUAUCGAGAAAUGAGUUAAAAUCUUCUAGUCGCGUUUUGAAAAGGUGACCGAAUAAACAUGAUUUUAAAAAGAAGUUAAAACGUAACUCGGCGAGCUUUUACUUGAUAUCACAUGCAAAAUUCGAAGAGAUGAAUAUCUUCCCGUUCGGCGGCACGAAUGAUCAUGCGGAAGACGGGCCCAAUGUAGCCCGGAAGCGUGUAAAUCGACCUUUAAGGUUCGUCGGUCGGUAAGGCGGACAACACUCGUCGAGUACAGAAGAAUGAGAGAAAAAGGGUGCGCGAAAAGCAGGAAGCGUCGAUGUGGGGCAAAUUCCAGUGACCGUAGCGGUGUAACGAAACUAAGAAGGGCAAAAAAGGUAGCUAGAGAAGAAGAAAGAGCGUGGCGACAACUCAGUAGCCGGCUGUCGUCUCUCGUUCUCUUUUAUUCGUUCUCCUCUUCUCUUUCUUUCUCUUUUUCCUAUCUCUUUCACUCUUUCUCUUUCUCGCUCGCUCACUCGCUCGUACUCUUUUCUCCGCCUAAAAGUUGACCUCGAGUUUCAAGGGUAGAGAAGGCAGUCAUCCGCCCCUCUACGUUAGGUAGAAGGGGGGAUCUACGAGCCAUAACUCUCGUAUUCUUCACGAAGGAAACGAACGAAAGAGAGAAGGCGACGUUGACUCGGCGUCGAUGCCGGUAGUCUCCCGCCAUCCCCACCGGGCAAAUGAAGCGUCCUGAUUGGUAGAAGCGUCGUGGCCCUCCUUUGUGAGGGAGCGGGUGAAAGCGUGGCUUGGCAACGUCGCGCAAGUUCAACGCUGCCCGCUAGAAAGAAGGCUAACCUCGUGUGAAAGCGAAAGAGAGAGAAAGAGACGGAUCGACGCGCACGGCGAAGUGGAAGGAGUAGAAGGGAGGAAAGGAGAGAGAGAGAGAAAGAAAGAAAGAGAAAGAGAGAGAGAGAGAGAGAAAGAGACAAAACGAACGAACGAAUGUUCGACCGGGCCGGACUUCGUCAGGUUGUUCUCUUCCGCGUCUCUGUGUGCGAAAUUGAACGCGCGAGCUUAAUGCGACGAUAGAAGCGAUCCAAAAGAUCUCUCUCUUUCUCACUCUCUCUCUCUCUCUCUCUCUCUCUCUCUCUUUCUCCAAAGUCACGCUCUUCUCCAUGCGAGCAGACGACCAUUAGCGUGUUCCAUGAGGAGCAUUUACGGCUGCUCAGUGGCCGCCAUCGGUAUCGCGGCUCGCGUCGCGGUCGAACGUCGCGCGCGCUUUUACGCACGGCGUCGUCGUUACUCGUCCUCGUCGUCGUCAUCGUCAUCGUCGUCAUCGUCGUCGUCCUCACCGUUGUCGUUGUUUUUGUCGUCGUCGUCGUCGUCAUCGUCGUCAUCGUCGUCACUACUGCGCGUAGGCGCGCAAGAGAAAGAUCGAAGGAUUAUUCCAUUCGUUUGGGAGAGGGAAAGAGAAAGCGCAAUCGUACGAGUCGGAAAAAAGAAAGAGAGGGGAAGGGAGAGGGGGAGAGGUUAAAGAAACAAAGAAAGAACAACGAAGCAAAGUAUGUUCGAAAGCUGAUAGAACAAUGGAGUCCGGACAUAGAGAGCUUAGAUGCGAUAAUAGGAGUGUCAUUGGUGGAGGCGAUUAGAAAAAUUAAUGAACGCGCUUAGUAGUUCGCGUUCGAAAGGAGAAAAAAAGGAUAAGAGAAGAGACGCCACGACGAUCGUCAUCGACGUCGUCGCUGUCUCGUCUUGUUGUCCUCGUCGUCGUCGUCGUCGUCGUCGUCGUCGUCGUGUCGCAGCCGUCGUCGUCGUUAAGCAGCGACGUUGAGGCAGAUUCGGGCUAGAAGAGAAGGAACGAGAAAAGCCGAGAAAGACCGAUCGACGACGGGCAAGGCGAGAGGCACACGGGUGUCGUACCACCGUUCACGGUGGUGGGGGGACUGGAGGAAAAAAGAAAGAGCUAUACGAGUGAAGGAGAAGAGAGAAAGAGAGAGAGAGAGAGAGAUAGCGAGCCUUCCCCGGUUCGCCGGCCGGCCGUCGUGCCCCUUCUCCCCUCGGUUAGUUCCCCUGCCGUCCCGUACGGUUGCUUGCACCCAUCCUUGCCGUCGUGCUGCCGCCACCACCGCCACCACCGUACCUAACCCACCACGGAGCUGCAGCCAACGAACGACGACGAACGGUCGAGCGUAGCGUCGAGUAGAGAGAACGUAUUCCAAGUGUAACGCGCGUGCCACGAAGGCUUGCUCCGUGCGUAGUAAAGCGCUUCGAAGCGUCGAGCGCGCGCGCGCCCAAACGCCCGCGUUUAUACCGAUAGGGCUUUUAUAUACCUAGGUGAUAUUGUAUAUCGUGUACUGUGUGCGCCAGGUGGACGAUAAAAGAAAAAGAAAGAAGCAGAACCACGAAGGAAGUGAAGAAGAGGUAAAGAGAGAAAGAGACGCAUGUAUAGCGUACCUACGUCUGUGAUAUACCAACCACGAAGGAGGGAGACGAAGAUAUACAUAUAUAUAUAUACACAUGCAUAUAUACAUAAAGAAGAAAAGUGAGAGAGAGAACGAAAUCGAAGAGAAGAAUUAAGAGAGAGUGCGAGAAAGAGAAAGACGCGCGUCGCGGAUCACGAGAACGCGCGUCCACGACGUUGACGCCAAAACCGAAGAGAAGGUGGAGAAAGAGGACAACGACGACGACGAGGACGAAAAGAACGAAGAGCCGGCUAGUAGUACCGUACGGAUGUGAGGGUGCGCGCGUGGACGAGGUACCUUCUCUCGCGAGAGAGCGCGAGCGUGCCCGGUCUCGCUCGCGCGCACGCGUGUGCGUGUGUGUGCGCGUCGUGAGUAACCUCUCGCCGUCGCCACCGCCGUCGCCACCGCUGCCGCUGCUGCCGGUUGUACCCGUAUCUUCCUUUCUCUCUCUCCCUCGUUGCCGUUGCCGUUGUCGUUGUCGUAGUCAUCGUAUUCGUCGUUGUAGUCGUCGUUGCUGUUGCUGGUGGAUAAACGACGAGGGUACGAAGAGGAGAAGGUGGAGGUAGUGGUGGUGGAGGAGUGAAGGAGGAGGGGAGGAGGAGGAGGAGGAGGUGGAGGUGGAGGAGGAGGAGGACGUUAACGUAGGAGCCGCGUACGUGUACGCGCGUACGAAAUGUCGGAACACCACCGCGUAGCCGGUGGCUGGGCUACGGCCAACCCUGGAAACCGCGAGGAUGCGUCCGGCGGUGCCGCUUGGUGGCCUUCCGGCAUGAACGCCGUCUCUGCUGCCGAACAGCAACAACAGCAACAGCAGCAGCAAGCACAGCAGCAACAACAAAACCUCCAUCAGCAUCUGAUGAAUCAGCAACAGCAGCUCAAUCAGCAGCAGCAGCAGGCACAGCAACAACAACAGCAGCAGCACCAUCAGCAACAACAGCACCAACAACAGCAGGACAUUGUCAGAAGUACUGCUGCGGGGACGCAGCAGCUUUUCUCCUAUAAAAUGGCAUCCAGCUUUCAAAAUCCGGCAACGACCGGUACGCAAUCGAGCCCCGUCUCGACGUCGACGCCUGUUGGCUCCUGCAUGAGGGGUGGCUACGACUUCAGACUCGGCAACGCUCCCGGAUCGGGCGGCGGUGGCGUACCCGGCACUCCGUCCGCGCCACCGCCCGGCGUACAGUGGUGGUAUCCAGGCGGUGUUAUGGACGCGGCCGCUCAGAACAACCUUCAUCAACAGUUGCAGUCGCAGCAGCAACAACAGCAACAUCUAUCGCCGAUUACCACGCAAACAUCUACGCCCCCCGUCAUGUCGCCGCAUCAAAUACAACAGUUACCGCAGCAGAAUAAUUUGCAACAAAAUAACGCUCAAGGUCUGCAACGAGACAACAUGCCUAGAGGAAAGGAUUCUAAGCCGAGGGGACGAAUGACCGCAUACGCGUUCUUCGUUCAGACAUGUCGACAGGAACACAAGAAGAAGCACCCCGAGGAGAAAAUCAUAUUCCGUGAAUUUUCAAAGAAAUGCGCGACGAGGUGGAAGACCAUGUCAGACAAAGAAAAGAAACGUUUUCAUGAGAUGGCAGAAAAAGACAAGAAAAGAUACGACGCAGAGAUGCAAAAUUAUACGCCACCUAAAGGAGAAAAAGGCAGAGGAAAAAAACGUAAACAUAUUAAGGAUCACAAUGCACCUAAACGAUCACUAUCUGCCUUCUUUUGGUUCUGUAAUGAUGAGCGUGGUAAAGUGAAAAUGUUAAAUCCUGAAUAUGGUGUAGGAGAUAUUGCUAAGGAAUUAGGUAAAAAAUGGUCGGACGCAGAUCCCGAAACCAAAUCUAAAUAUGAGGCUAUGGCAGAGAAGGAUAAAGCUCGAUACGAGAGGGAAAUGACAGCAUACAAAAAGAAAAUGAAAGAUGGUGCACCAGUAGUGGUAGGAGCACCACCUGCAAAUACUGUAAAAAGUGACAGUGAAGAAGAAUGGAAGGAAGACGAUGAAUAGCGGCUGCAUGAUAAAAUGUCAUCUAUCACCCCGUGUCCUUGAUCCUAAAAGCAUACCUCACCUACUGUACGUACCAUUGACCUUAGCGUGAGUGUACUUACACCACUAGGAGAACAAAUAACUAACCACGAGUCCCCAAUUAUUUACAAUAAUAAUUGAAAACACACGCGAUUAUAAUAAUUAUUUUAAAACUUGUGUGUAUGCGCUAUGUGAAAGGAGAUUGUAUGAAUGACAUUUGUAUUUUAACAUAUUGAUUAGCAACAUGUAAAGUGUCAUAGCAUAGAGGAAUGAAAAAGAUGGUGCCCACUUUCUGUGUGAGAUGGAAGGCGCAGGGGCUCAAUCAUUGUUGACUUUGUCUCCACACCAUGUUAAAAGCUAAUUUAGUUAGUAAUAACAAAAGAUCCACUAGCCUCGUUGUUAUGCGAUAUAUCACUUGAAAAAAAAUGAUUUUGUGAAAUUUAUCAGUUCAGUUCAUUUGCUGCCAGAAUAUAAGAGACUAACAUUGUAUAUCCUUGUACAGAACGUUUCUUUAAAUCAAAUUUCUCUCAGGUAGGGCAUGGGGCUGCUUUGUAUGAGUGUAAUUGAUUUUUAUAUAUGUCGAGAAUAGCUGUAAGUAAUUAGAAUAAGUAUACUUAAACACAACGUCGAGAUCGUACAUUCACAUCAACGUGUGAUAGUUUUCACGAAUAGUGGAUACUAAGCCACGUGAUUGAGCCUUGUAGUUUAUAAGCAAUUUGAAUCGAGAAAAUAUGUAGUUCACAGCUUUUACAAAUCAAAAUUAGGACAGUAUAUUCUGACAGUCCUAUACUUACAGAGAAGGGUGCUCGUUGUUGUAUGCACAAAAAGUCGAAAUUUUAUUUGCAUGACGUGCUACAACACACACCACAAUUGCUGAGAAAGAUCACAACACAGAUCAACACAGGAUAGAAAAAUGCCCUAAUUUUACUUUGUAUAGUGACUUCGAUCAUUAAGUUUUACUAUAAAAAUAUGUAAAGAUUUAUGUUUUUUAUUCAUUUUGAUGAGGAACUUCGUAAAUGGCAGUUGUUUAAGUAGACAAAUAUUGUAAUUUUUAUUUUAUUUUAUUUUUUUUUUCCUAACGCGUAGAAGUGGUCCCCCUGCCCUUACCAUCGUCAUCCUCCCUCUCAUAUUCAUUAUGUCAAUAAAGGAAAUACUUAAAUCCUAUCCAAACCAUUUGAUUCCCUUAAUUGUUCAAGAAAGCAAAGUAGGGCGUGUUUUGUACUGCCUUGAGUCAUCUGGUGUACAGCAGGCUGUAUUAUAAUAAAUUAUUGUGGUUUCUUGUAAUGUUAACAUUCCUAGAACUUAGUAUGUACAGAUCCUUAUCAUUGAAAUUAGUGCAAACUAUGUAAGUGGCACGCAGAUGAAAUAGAUCUGGUCACUUGUUUUGUGAAUUUGUUAACCAGAUCAAUAUGCGAAGUGAAUAUAAUACAACAAAAAGGCUUUCUUACGGUCAGACUGACUUGCACCUUGAUUUGGCUCAGCAGUUAGCCAUCAUUUUUCUUAACAUAAAGCUCUUCAUCUUCCCCCAUGCAUUGUCAUGUAAUGAAUCAUUGUAUGAUUAUAUGAACAAAAACCUGUUUUAGAGGGAGCUAGAGGAUGAAAACUGUAAAAUAUAAAAUUGUAAUAUUUUAAUACUGAUUUGCAGAUGUGCAUAAUUUUAACAUAGCUGGUUAAAGUGAAUUGUACUGAUUCAGAGGUAUCCAUUUGAUGGAAAUUAAUAAAAACAAAUAUUGAAAAUCA